GUAGUCAAGGACAGUGGUCUUGUGGAUCAACAUCACCACCACUUACUGGGGAAAACAAAUCCAUAACUAGGAAAAGGAGAUGUCAUUUUGCUGGUGGUGUUUGUGUAUCUACUGCCUCUGGCUCAAAGUGUCUGUCGCUAAGGGUGACUCAUGGAAUCUAGAGGUGCCUCACUCAGUGGUCGGUCUGGAGGGCUCAUGUGUGGUCAUUCCCUGCCUGUUCAGCUACCCUGGUCCAGACAGGAAGGCCUCGGACCUCACAGGAAUCUGGUUCACAGAUUCGAAUGAGAUUGUCUACCAUACUACCACUUCCAAAAUCAGCACUAAUUUUCAGCAUCGUACGAGCCUCCUGGGUGACUUAAGACACAGAAACUGCUCACUCAAAAUCAGACCUUUACAACACACUGACAGCGGCCCUUUCACUUUCCGGAUUGAGAUUGAAGAUUUCGACAAGUACUCCUUCGCAAAGAAUAAAGUCUCUAUUACAGUGAAAGAUACCCCAGAACCACCUACACUUUCUGUGGAAGAGCGAAUAAAGUCAGGGAAGAAAGUGACCACUACCUGUACCUUCCUGCACUCCUGUCCUUCUGACCCACCAAAUCUCACCUGGAGCCACCAAGGAAAAGUUAGCAGUCAAUCAACACAGCAAACCAAGGGUCAGUGGAAGGUGACGUCAUCUCUGAGCUUUACCCCCUCCAAACGGGACCACGACAAAUUGCUGAGUUGCACAGCUGUGUUUCCAGGAGGGAAGAAAGUGAGCAGCAUCACAACUCUUAAUGUCACAUAUCCGCCAGUCAGCGUUGAGGUGAUCUCCAGCUCUUCAGUGCAGGAGGGCGACUCUGUGGAACUGAACUGCUCCAGUGACAGUAACCCUGCUGCAUACGCCUACCGCUGGUUCACUGAGAGAGGGACGUUGGUGUCAGAAGGACGAACUUACACGCUGAAAAGUGUGAAAAGACACACUGAGCCUCUCUACUGCACAGCCAUUAACACAGAGGGACAAGCCAGCUCCACACCAAUCCAGCUCAAUGUGGUCUAUCCUCCUGAGAUUAAGGUUGGCUCUUCAUGUACCUCUGAGAUCUCCACAGUGACUUGUCUGUGCAUGGUGGAUUCCCAUCCCGCCAGCGACAUCAAGUGGUGGACUUCAGAUCCAUCUAAAGUGCUGAACAGCUCCAACACAGAAAGACAUGGCUCUCUUACCAUUGUUACUCUACAGGGGGCGCUAGACUCGAACACUGUGCACUGCCAUGCCAGUAACAGCCAGGGGAAAUCUACCAUGACUUUACGAGUGCCUCACAAUGGAAAGCUUGUGUACACUGCAGUUGCUGUCUCUCUUUUUCUUGUGGUCGUAACUGGCCUCACAGUAUGGAUGGUAAAAAGAAGCUGUGUAAGCAGCAGGACAGAAGAGCCUGUAACACAUACGAAGACUGAAGAGAAUGUGGCCUCCCAACCUGGCUCAGAAAGAGAAUGCAAAGCCUACUCAACCUACGCUGACAGUCAGAAUGUAUACGGCAACAUGAGGCUUGAAGAAGAUCAGUGUUCAGACACAUAUGAAGUUACUGAUGGUGACGCAGUUUAUGCUAAUAUGUGAACUUCUAAGAUAAAUUUAAACUGAAUACUUAAACCGGGAGAGGACUACAUCAUCUUCCAUAUAAACACCUUUACAUCUUCAUUUAUGACCAAGUAGCAAUAGAGUUUGUGUUAAAUAUACAGGUUUCUGCAUGUUAGAUAUAUUUGUCUUGCCUCUGUAUACAACA